AUGUUGUCUAUUAUAGCUCUCUUUGUCUUCAUCAGUCCCAUCGCCUAUUUCCUCAUCCGCUCAAUCUACUACCUCUUUUUCCACCCACUCUCUACCUUCCCAGGCCCUAAACUCUGGGCCAUCUCCCGCAUCCCUUGGCACUAUGUCAACCUCCAAGGCGACCUCGCAUGGUGCAUUCGAGACAUGCACAUCUACUACAACAGCCCCGUGAUACGCAUCGCACCAGACGAGUUAUCGUACACCAGCAGCACGGCCUCGAAGAAGAUAUACGGCUCAAACCCGCCACGCGAGUUUCUCAAAUGCCUCGAUGGACGCGGUGUCGCUCCCGCGGUAGUAAAUGGCCGACGGAGCAUCGUUACCGAGACGCCCGAGCGCCACACUGUCCUCCGCCGUGCGAUUCAGCCUGCGUUCAGCGAGCGAGCGUUGCGCGACCAAGAACACUUCUUCCGAGAGCACACUGAUAAGCUCAUCGGACAGUUGCGUAAACCACAGUACAAUGCUGUGCAGCAGAACAUGCUCCGCUGGUUCAGUCUGUUGAGUUUCGAUAUUAUGAGCGACCUCGCCUUCAGUCAGCCGGCAGGCUGCCUAGACCGUGCUGAUGAGCCUUGGGUUGCCGUCAUCGGGGCGCGUAUCAAGAGUAUUGCUUGGCAUCAGCUCGCUGCUCAUUACCACAUCGAAUGGAUACUCAGGUGGACAGCGCCCAAAGCGGCUAUGGAGGCGCGGAAGCAGCACCAGACUUUGACGCGUGAAAAAGUACAGCGACGGAUUGAUGAGGAGCAUGGUGGAGUACGGAAAGAGAAGAGAAGGGAUUUUAUGAGCUACGUUCUUGGUAAUGAGAGUGCGAGUCUGAGUAACACGGACCUUUACGGUCUGGCGAGUGCGUUGAUUGUGGCGGGCAGUAACACGGCUGCGUAUGCGAUGAGCGUGUUCGUCUUCUUCGUUUGCAGACAUCCGGAAGCUUAUGCGAAGGUCGUUGCCGAGGUUCGAGGCAGAUUUGCGAACGAAGAGGACAUCACCAUGGUUGCUGCUGGUGAGCUGCCUUACUUGAAGGCUUGCAUCGAUGAGUCGUUGCGCAUAUCGCCACCAACGCCAUCAGCUUUUCCACGCUGGGUUCCAGAGGGCGGAGAAGAGAUAGACGGUAGAUGGAUACCGGGUGGAAUGGCCGUAGGCAUGCACAAUCUGGCGGCCUGUCACGCUCCAUGGAACUGGCAUCGACCUCUUGACUUCUUCCCCGAGAGGUGGUUGCAGACGAAAGAAGGAGAGUUUGCUAGCGACGAUCGAGGCGCAUCCCGUCCUUUCUCUUACGGAAGACAUGAUUGCAUCGGACAAACUAUGGCAAUGAACGAGAUGAGACUGGCUUUGGCCAAGCUCUUCUGGAACUUCGACGUCGCGCUUAGCCCGAACAGUGAGAAUUGGUGGAUCUCUCAAAAGUCGUAUUUGAUAUGGGAGAAGAAGCCGCUCAUGGUCACCAUAAAGCCAAGGCAGUAGUUAGGAUUUGUCUCAGCGUCUGUCAUGUCAGCACACAAAUCUAUGUAAAGUUUACUUGUCCUGUCUCCUUGAAAAGACGAUGUCCGUAUGAAACACUGGCAUAGUCGUCUUGCGUCACGUGAAUUUGACGGCACAAAGCUCCUCUUUUCGGACACAUAUGUACCGAACCAGGUGGUGGGUGCGUAUGCUCUGUCGUACGUUUGGGGUAUUGGCCGAUCAUGCGCGAUGCGUUUGCAAGGCCGCUUUGCUCGGUCCGUUGCACUUCGGCCCGAGUGUGUUGAGACUAGGGAUGGGUCUAACGGUAGAUCAAUCUGAUAGCAGUGUACGCUCCUCGGCGAUUAAAUUCGAGCCGAAAUAGCAAGUGAACGGCCAUUCCUUUCACCACGUGGUAGACGCUCUGGCGGACAUUGUAGAUGAAUGUUUACCACGGUCUGUGGCGAUUA